AUGUCUCUGGCACGAUCGUCUCGCAGCGCACAGUCGCUGUUCCGCGCAACCCAGCGAGCGAGCCGAUACCAGGCCACCUCUCCUUUCCUCGCGCGAUCCUAUGCCACAGUCGAGUCCGAUAUAUUCAAGCCUACGAAGUAUGGUGGAAAAUACACAGUUACGCUGAUCCCAGGUGAUGGUAUCGGUGGCGAGGUUGCCGAGGCAGUCAAGACCGUGUUCAAGGCCGACAACGUUCCCAUCGAGUGGGAACAGGUCGACGUGACUGGUGUCGAGAGCGGAGGCAAGCACUCAGAGGAGCUCUUCAAGGAGUCGAUAGCAUCCCUCAAGAGAAACAAGCUCGGCUUGAAGGGUAUCUUGCACACUCCUAUCGAGAGAUCGGGCCAUCAAUCCUUCAACGUCGCCCUACGCCAGGAACUCGACAUCUAUGCCUCGGUGGUUUUGAUCAAGAACAUCCCAGGUCUGCAGACACGGCACAACAAUGUAGAUCUUUGCAUUGUCCGUGAGAACACUGAAGGUGAAUACUCGGGCCUCGAGCAUCAAUCGGUUAAUGGCGUCGUUGAAUCUCUUAAGAUCAUCACCCGGGCCAAGUCUGAACGUAUCGCCAAGUUCGCCUUUUCCUUCGCCCUUGCCAACAACAGAAAGAAGGUCACCUGCAUCCACAAGGCCAACAUCAUGAAGCUCGCAGAUGGUCUCUUCAGAAACACGGUCAAGAAGGUCGGUGAGGACUACCCCACCCUGGAAGUCAAUGACAUGAUUGUCGACAACGCUUCUAUGCAAGCUGUUUCCCGACCUCAGCAAUUCGACGUCAUGGUCAUGCCCAACCUUUACGGUGGUAUCCUGACCAACAUUGCUGCUGCUUUGGUUGGUGGACCUGGUGUUGUCCCUGGUUGCAACAUGGGUCGUGAUGUCGCUGUUUUCGAACCCGGCUGCCGACAUGUUGGUCUUGAUAUUCAAGGCAAGGACCAAGCCAAUCCAACUGCCCUCCUACUUUCUGGAACCAUGUUGCUGAGGCACCUUGGUCUUGAUGACCAUGCCAACCGCAUUUCAAGAGCCGUUUAUGACGUUAUCGCUGAUGGAAAGGUACGAACACGCGACAUGGGCGGCAACAGCACUACUCACGAAUUUGUUCGAACCAUCCUGGACAAGAUGGAGGCGGAACUGUAA